AUGCACGAAAGACCCCUCGAUACCCCUUACCUGGCUAUUAUCUCGGUUCUCCUAUCUGCUCUGAUCGCAAUGGGGAUUUUCUCAUGGAUUCGUCCGAACCAGCGGGUCUCUUUUGUGCACUCGCUAGAAAAUAGACUGCUCUUGACCAAAAUAUCCCCCCAGUCCAGGACGAAAGAGAAGGUUACUUUGCCGGACCUCUGCAAAGCGACGACUCCCUCAACGUGUGACCUCAACCCCCUUCUCUUCAAUGGCCACCUCCAAACGGCCUGGACCACGGUUAAAAACUAUGACAUUCCCAUAUACUACAAGCGGAAGAUGUUCGAGUCCGACAGCUCCAUGUACAGCGGGCACUUCGCUGUCGAUUUCGUAGUCGACCCCUACGAAAUACCUGAUGACGACGAGGUGACCGAUAAAGCACGAAAAUUCACGCUGCCCUCUGGUCUUCCAUCGCGAACCAUCUUUUUCAGAGAGGACGAGUUUGCGGCCCUCCCAUCUGACGAUACAAGGCCCAUGCUGGUUCUCCUCCACGGCCUAAGCGGCGGUUCGCACGAAUUAUACCUGCGACAUGUUCUUGAAGGGCUCCUGACCGAGAAGGGCUGGGAGGCGUGUGUAGUGAACUCCAGAGGCUGUUCUCAGACGAAGAUCACAUCUGGUAUGCUCUAUAAUGCCCGGGCUACGUGGGACGUUCGCCAAACAGUAAAGUGGCUACGGAAGGCAUUUCCAAACCGCCCUCUUUUCGGAAUCGGUUUCUCGCUCGGUGCGAAUAUCCUUGCCAACUAUUUGGGCGAAGAAGGCGACGCCUGUCAAUUAAAAGCAGCAGUCCUUGUUGCGAGUCCUUGGAACCUGGAGAUUGGCUCAUUGUGCCUACAACGCACCUGGCUUGGUAUGGAGGUUUACAGCAAGACGAUGGGUGCAAACAUGAAACGACUCUUUGAACAGCAUGUCGAGGAAGUCUCCCAAAACCCACGGGUAGACAUCGAGGAGGUGAGGAAGUCUACGUACUUAUUCGAAUUUGACCGUGCCCUACAAUGCACCGCUUGGGGCUAUCCAACAGAAGGAGCAUACUACCGCGAUGCUUCGUCCGUAGACUCAAUGCUCGCAAUUAGAAUCCCAUUCCUUGCUAUCCAGUCUGAGGAUGACCCGAUCGCGAGUUAUGAAACUCUCCCUCUUCAAGAGUUCAAACGGACACCAUAUGGAGUUUUGGCGACCACACCAGGAGGUGGCCAUCUUGGAUGGUUUGAAUAUGGAGGAGGCAGAUGGUUUGUGAAGCCAGUGACGAACUUCUUGAACGCAUUCGCCAAGGAAAUUGAUCUUACAGUCCCAUUCACAGUUGAGAACCCUGAUAAGGUUCCUGGUCAAAUUGCGCUGCAUGAAGAUGGUACGUCGCCAAAGCUGGAUUUCAAUGCUAUGCGCCGUAAAUUGGACUUGCCAGUGGUGAAAUAG